AUGGGCGCCUCCGCCUCCGUCCUAUCUCUUCCCGUGGCCGCCUCCUUCCCUGGCGCGGCCACCGCUAUCGCGGGCGCCGCCGGCUGCUUCGCGCUCGGCUACUUCCUCGCCCUCGCCCGCCUCCCCAUCCACGCCGCCGCCGCCCCCGACUCCGGCGACGACGAUUCCGAGGACGACUCGGACGAAGAUGAUGACGAAAAUUCCGGCCGCGCCCGGCCGGCGAAGCGAGCCGCCGGGCGGAAGCGGACCGGGCUCAGGCUGCUGUUCUGGUCCCGGAACGUGGUGACCAAGUCCGACUCCGCCAGGGAAGCCGAGAGGGCGCAGGCCCAGACCGCCUCCGCCCCCCUGGAGAUCGAGAACCUCGCCAAGAUAAUAGAGGAUUUCAAGAUGGUGCUUGUUGUGAGAAACGACCUGAAGAUGGGAAAGGGGAAAAUCGCUGCGCAAUGCAGCCAUGCAACACUGGGCUUGUUUAAAAAACUCCAGCAGAGAGCACCAAAGUCAUUACGAAGAUGGGAGAGGUGUGGCCAAGUUAAGGUGGUUGUGAAAGUAGAAAGCGAGGAAGAUAUGCUUGUUUUACAAGGGAGAGCAAAAUCUAUGAAUCUGCCAACUCACAUUACCAUUGAUGCUGGAAGAACACAGAUUGCACCUAAUUCCAGAACAGUCAUGGCUAUACUUGGGCCGGCUGACAUGGUUGACGAUGUCACUGGUGGUCUGAAGCUCUUAUAA